AAGCACUUCAGGUGGAUAAGUACCUCACGUCUCUUUAUUAUUGCUGUGUGACUGGAGGUUUUUCAGCUUCCAUAAGUAUUAACAGAGGGAAACGAGAUGGGUUGCACUCCGUCUCAGAGCAGUUUAAUACAGAACUUCUCUAAGAGUGGACCAGGGUCAUUCAGAAAAGGCAGAACCCUGAAAUCUCAGCUUGAGAGGAUCGAGAGCCCGGUAGAGACUCAGUCCGAGGAUGGAGGGGGCACAACCAGCCCUUGUGAAACGGACGGGGAGGCCUGGGACAGAGGAGGGGGAACCCCAAACCCUCCCAGACAGCGUCGACCCAUCCUCCCAGAAAAAGCUUCCCUGAAGCCAGAGAGGAAGUCUUCCCUGCUAGAGGCAGCCAAUUCAGAGUCUAUCUGUCCUCAGAAGAUUGGAAUGCAGGAAAUCCGGAUUGACAUAGCUCAAGCAGACGAGGAGAAGAAGGAGGGCACAGAGCAGCAGGAAGAGAAGCUAACAAAAAAGGGAGGACAGAGAAAACAGAGAAAAGGGAAGGCUGGAAACAAGGGCAAGCGGAUAAAAGAGAGGAGAGCCUCCCAGGAGCAGAAAGUGGACUUCCCGGAGUUACUUGUCAAGGCACACCAGUCGGCCUAUGCUUAUCUGAACCCCAGCAUCUCGAGAUAUGAGGCCCUGAUGGGACUGCUUGACCAGGCAACCCAGACCCAGAUCCAGCUGCAGCAAAUGGUCAGUUUUCUGGCUCUGCGCUACGAGGAGGUGAACAAAGCACUGGAGGAAAUCGCCAGUGAUGGAGAAAAGCUGCUGAAAGAAUCUGGGGAACACCUGGCAUGGUCUUUAGGAAAAGGUGGUGCCCUGAGGACAGAACCCCCUCCUGAUCUGCUCCAACAGCUUUUGCAGUACUCCGUUCAGAAGAUGCAGUUGGUGGGUGGGGCUGUGGGUGUGGUUACAGACUCCGCCCUUGAGGAGGCAGUUGACUAUUUUGGUACCGCCUCUGAUUUGAUGGCGGAGAAGUUAAAGAUGAAGCGCGGGCUGGACAACAGGCUGGCCAGGGUCCUUGGGCGGAUCGAAGCAGCCGCCGUAAGAAAACCAGGGCCCGAGGACACGACUCUGUACUCUGAAGACAGUGGAAUUGGAGGGGAGAGCGAAUCCCUGGUGGGCUUUGAGAGACACCAGCAACGCAGAGAAAUCUGUGAGUCUGCUAGUGUUGAAAACAAUAAAGCAUCAGCCUCCCUUCCUCUCCCUGCUGUGCCAGGUGAUGCAGAGGUUUCCAAAGCACCUGAAGACAUUAAAAUGCGUGCCAGCUUUUCCCUGAAUUCUUUAGACUCUAACUGCAGCACUUUGGUAGCGUCCCUUGAUGAGGAUGACAAUGAUGAAGAGGAUUUGGAAGAUGAGGAUGACUUAGAGGAGCAAGGCACUAAUUCCUCUCCUGCAGACCCUUGCGCCCUUAUCAGGCCAGCCCCAAAGAGGAUAGAGAACCCUGAGAAUGAAGAGAUGAGCCUAAAAAUGAAGGACGCCAUCAGUGGCAGAAUACGAUUCGUCCCUUGCAAGCGUAAUAGCAACUGCAGCAAUGGCAGUACUGGAAGCAGUGCCCCUCAGUGGCCAGAGGAAGAAGAACACAAAGGGAAAAGGCCACAGACUACUGCAGCAGUGACUAGAGGGGAGAAGAAGGGAGGGACAGCCAAGCAGAAGCGCUCAAGGUCAGCUGAGUCGCUCCGCAGCCAAGGAGAGGACCCCACCCUUCUGGAGCUCCAAAGAACUCAGAAGGACCUGAGUCACAGGCUGCAGAAGAUGUUAGAGGGAAAAACAGCAAAUGACAAGUCAGCCAAGCCCAAGCUGGGUGGGGAUCAGUCUUUGGUCAGCGUAUCAUCCAACAAUCGCCUCCGCUCCUCUCUGGACAAAAACUUCAGCAUACUACCAAGCCAGGACAGGACAGUCCUGCAAAAAAGCGGAUCUGCGGAGCAUGGGGAGGUGAUGAAGAAACAGAAGAGAGGGGGAAGAGGGCCACUCAAAGCAACCCCGCCAAGUAUCCCUCUGCCAAAAAAUGAGAGGCAGUCUGUAAAGAGGUUGAUCGACACUUUCAGUCAAGUUGAAGAGAACAUUAAUAACAGGGACCCUCUGAAGCCUCUAGCUCCACUCAAGGGGGUAAGGAAAUGUGGGGUCCCCAUUCUGCCCUCCAUGGGCUACUGGGGACUGGCCCCCAUUAACAGUAGAGUAAAUGUAGGGGAUUUAGAGGCUGAAGAAGAGGGUACUAAACCAGGGGACAUUGACUUAGACAGCCUUCCACCACCCCCUCCUGAGGUCCUGAUGGACAACUCCUUCCAGAUCACUGAUGGACCUCCAGCACCCAGUGAAACUUCCAUCCCCUCUACAAAUAUCAGUAGCACCAGAGGAAGAUCCUCAAAUCCCCAAAGAACAUCUGUAUCCCAGAGGCUGAAGGCCUCUCUGAAUUCUGUCAAUGUGCUUCCCAGCAAAGGGAGUUUGCGGAGAGGUUCGGUUAGUGUCUCCCCCCAAAGGUCUGGCUCGCAGAAUGCAGCUUCCAGGAGCAGCUCUGUGGAGUCCCAGCCCGAGAUUGAACCUGACCCUGCAAAAGAGGAGGCAGCCAGCCUCUACAGGCAGGCAAGGAAGAUCAUCCACCUACGGCACUCAACUGAGUCCCCAUCAGAUGUCUCAUUACUUCAUGGGUCCUCAACUGAAAAGGGGCAAACAAGGACCAUCUCCAACAUCUCCACCAGGAAAGCUUGCCCAUCUGUUGGAGCCACUGAGGCCCUCCCCAGCCCUCCAUCCCUGCCUCAAAGACCCUGCAGCUCUCCAUCUCCUUCAAGAACAGUCCCUCCAACUCCCCCACCCCUUUCAGGCACUCGCAAGCUGCCCACAACCCCCUCAAGCCACCCCACCCAGCACAGGAAACUGCCCAGUCCCCCUAUACUGCGACGGCAGCCCUUCCCACCUUCAUCAAGCCAUCCAGCAACCCAGAAAGAACCCAGCCCGCCCACAGAAAGGAAGCGUCCUAGCCCCCCUUCUCUUCGGAGGCAAUCAGAUCCAACCAGUCAGGGUAGGUCCCAGGGCAAAAUCGCCAGCCCUCCUGCCUACAGAAGGGACUACAGCCCAUCUUCAUAUUGCAAAACACCGUCCCCUCCCUCCUCUCCACGAGUCGCCCACAACCGCCCCGCACAGGCCCGGAAUAGCAAUGAUCUGGGGGACAAGCAGCCUGCCCCUGCUCAUUACCUUGGUAACGUCCAAUCCAUCUUCUGUCCUGCCUCCUCCUCUCUCUUUGAAGCCCAGCCCCCUGUACCCCAGUUUUAUCCCCUACCCAGCAGCUGUAUUCUGCCUCGGCCCUGGGGAGAGCAGGCUGCCCACAGCAGUGCCACACGAAGUGCAGUCAGACACAGCCCCCAACCCUUCAUCCGCCGCAGCUACUCAGACCGCCGGCCUGGCAUCAGGCUCAGACUGCCCUUCUCCCCUGUCAGCUCCUCCAGCUCCGUGAGUGAGCCAGCUAUCUGCAGCCAAGGGCCAGGGGAGGGUCUAGGCAAGGAGGAGGAGCCAUGGAAUAGCCAGCACCUAUCAGAGCUCAGAUCAGACAGUCGCUCUGCCUCCCACCCCGAGCUGUGCAUCUUGGGCCAGUCUCUGCAGAAGGAGUGAGGAAAUCAGCAGUUGAGGGUUAUGUCUUCUUUCAAGGAGAAAGCAGCUCACUAACUGAUGCCAAAUCCUAUUUCAUAAUUACACUUCUGAACUCUCAAGAAGUGCUAGUACCGGUGUGACGCGUUUUGCUUUUCUUGUUUGUUUCUGUGUUCCUAUUAUACAUAUUAUUUAUUGUGGAGUCGGCCAAUACAGUAUUUUGGAUUUUUAAUUCCUUUGAUAAAAGGCAGAUUUGGGUUAUGUCACCCUUUUAAAAAAAUAUAUAGAUAAUUAUUUUUACAUUUUUUUUAAAGUGUAUUUUUCAAACUACUAAAAGUGAAAUUCGGUAUCAAUUUUAUACAAGCUUAAAGUUUCCCGGAGAACGCUAGCAUCGAUCUCAAUAGACACCGUUUUUGAUACUAAUUCGUAGCUGACUGUUGCUCAACUCAGAAUUUAAAACCUGUGUUCUGUUUUGCUCAGCAGAGUCAUAUUAUUAAUAUUAAGCGUAAUUCCAUCUACAUUUCUGUAUUAUAUUCCUUACCUGUUUAAUAUGCACAGUCAGAUGUGUUCUCUGUUGUUAUUUAUGCGUACAAAGUAAUUUACCAAGUUUACAAACGAAUGGCAAAUUACAACCGCUGGGGUCUGACUCUGAAAAGUUGUGUUCCUGAACUGACGUGGUGAUUAAGCUGUGCACCUGAGAUUUUCCGUUAUCUAAAUGAAAGUUAUCACAGUUGAAUUUAGGAGGCAGACCUCGUAGUUUAAAAAAAAAAAAAAACAUUAGUGUCGUCCUGGUCGCCGGUCUGGUCUGAUCUUCGCUGGGAAUUCCAGAGGGAGUGUCUCCAUGGCUCUGCCGGUCCAGCGGGACAGUGUUAGUAAACCUAUAAAAACAGCGCCAGAAUGAAUGACAGAGAACACACAUAAACAGAAAAUUGCAAUAUCCUCUUACAAUCUCACUGGGCUUCAUUCCCCUGUGAGCUAUUGAUAACUAAGACCCAAAUAAAUCAACAGCAAUAGACAAUAGAAACGGUUAUAAAACCAAACGGAAAUCAAUGAAUAUUACAAUGUGCACGGGAUCGCAGGAGGAUAUAAAAGGUAUCUCUUUAAUGUAUAUACACGGCACCCUGACACACCAUGGAGGGAACGAGCUACGAGGAACCCGAGAUAAAUGCUGAUGCUCAUGUAAGAAAUCUGGGAAGCUCACACAGGUGCUGAAGACGAGACUAAAUUAAAUCAGUUUCACUCUUACUUUUAGACUCUCACACUAUAAUUGAAAAAGCCCUUGUGGGGAAUGAACUACAUGCACUUUGCAAUGGUCUUCAAUAGAGAACACAAUGCUAUGAACCUUGCUGAGCUCCAAGGAGUCAGACUAAUACAGAAGGAGGAGAAAGACGGCAG